CCUUAUGCUGUUUGCCAACCGCAGUCAUCACGAAGACGAAAACGUGUUCCGUUUCCAGGGCAGCUUGGUUGGCGGCUGAAGAGCGCCAAUUCAAAAACACAGAGGGAAUAACAAUAGAAAUCUGAUGUGUCCGUGUGAUGGAAGCUAGCGCCUUUCACAGUUAGCAACUUCUCCUCACAUUUGUGCUUUUAAUGUUAACAUGUCAGUUGACUAAGUUAACAGAGCAAAAAAACGAUGGAAGAACUGUUUAGCAAAGUGUUACAAGUGAACGUAAGAUGCAGGGACUGUGAGGAAAGGAAAGCAAAUAUUCGUGUCAGCAUUGAGCUUCAGUUGACAACAAGUCCAGUACACAAAAGGGAUCUUCUAGUAAGGCUAACAGAUGACACAGAUCCACAUUUUCUGUUUAACCUUUCUAUAUCAGAAGAAGAUUUCCAAAGUUUGAAGGUCCAGCAGGGGCUUUUGAUAGACUUUGCAUCAUUUCCUCAGAAGUUUAUUGACCUGCUUAAUCUGUGCUCAUCUGAACAAGAGUCAGACCAUCCAAGGUUUCUCCUGCAGUUGUUGUGUCAGUCUCCAGUGCUUGAAGGCCCUGCUAACCUCAGCGUUGUAGAGACGAAUGCAUUCAAACACCUCAACCACUUGUCUUUACGGCUUACUCAAGGCUCCGAUAAAGAUGUUAAAGAAUAUCUGGCUGUGCGUCUCUCAUCUCUGAAGGCGGAGAAGCAGGCCCUAGAGAUGAAGCUUAAGAAGACAGAAGAUGAUCUGUCCAAGCAGCUGUUUUAUGCUCAACAGACACUGUCUGAGAAGACUAAAGAAUUGGAGAAACUGCGUUCAGAGUGGACGAGUCAGACCAGCUCUUUGUCCAGCCGUCAUUCUCAGGAGUUACAGUCAGAGAGAGAGAAAGCUAUGGAGUUCCAGAGCAGGCUUCAGCAGCAGACUGAGCAGCUUCGUCAGGAGUUGGAGAGUGCUCAUCAGAAGAGCAGCCAGCAGCUUCACAGCAGACUGACAGAGCUGGAGGCCUCUUGUAGAGAGCUGACAGAGAGGAAAUAUAAGAACGAGUCUGUAAUCAGAGACCUGAAGAUUAAACUAUUGGGUGUAGAAGAGGACUGCCAGCGUUUGAAGCAGCAGGUCCUGUCUCUGAGAAGGGAGAACAGCACUUUGGACACAGAGGUCCAUGAGAAGGAACGGUUGGUGAACCAGCUGCAAAUGAGAGUGGCUGUUCUCGAACAGGAGGUCAAAGAUAAGGAGCAGCUCAUGCGCCGCACAAAAGAGGUGCUGGAAGCCACUCAACAGCAGAAGGAAUCAGUGGAAGAAAAUGCAGAAAGUAAAGAACUACAAAUCAAGAAACUUGAAGCAACAGUGAAAUCACUUUCUGAGGAGCUGAUAAAGGCUAAUGACAUCAUUAAGAAGCUACAGGGAGAGAUUCGAGGUUUAGUUGCAAAAAUAAAAGUCAAAAACUCUGUGACAGUGUCACAGGAGAAGAUCCUCCAGGACACAUCAGAAAAACUUAAGAAUGCUGAAAAGGAUCUGCAGAGCACUCAGCAGCAUCUCAUCACCAAGGAUGAGCAGGUUUCCAAACUGAAGGAGCAGUUGGAGACAACACUACAGAAGCUAAAUGAAAGCAAAGAAGUGUUAAAAACCAAUGAGAAUGUUAUAAACUGGCUUAACAAGCAGCUAAAUGAAAAGCAGCUGUCCAGAAAGCCACAGCCCCUUGAACCCUUGGACAACCCUUCGGCUGUAUGCACCACAUCUGGACUGAGGGCACAGUUCUAUACUCCGACAGGCGCACUCGCUGCAUCUCCUGGAGCAGGUGCUGAUGUCUUGCCUCCUGAGCAGCGAGCAGUGCAACCAGCCAACAGACGCAUCGGUGACUCUGCGGGUCUGGAUUCUAAGUAUUUUGAAAGACGAGAUGACAGCAUCCCGCUUUAUGGUCUGUCGUCUAAUUUAUUUCACAAAGAGUUCCCACAGCGAACAAAGCCUGCUGUAGCUUCUGCUUACUUCUCUGCAUAAAGUGGAAACUGCUAGGAUAAUGAUAAGCUUCAGAAUGGUUUUCAUUUCAGCUCCAGGUGGAAGUAAAACCAUCAACACCUCACUGUUUGGUUAAUGUCUUCAUUACUUAUUAUUACUGGGCUGCUGCUUUCUAUACAUUUGUUUUGUUCACAUUUUAAUUAUUUAUGUGUUAAUGGAUUAUCUUUGAAUUUGUGGUCCAAGUAAAUGUUCUUAAAACCUUCUCUAUGGUAGAUUCCUGUGAUCAUGGAGAAUAUAUUGUCCUCAAAUUAAACAUUUUUCUAUUUUACCUAA